GAGUACUGCCGUCCCCGCAGGCCGGCGGCGGGUACGCGCUCUGAGGGACGGCUUGGCGGGAAGCCGGGGGGGACGGGACACACGGCCCGCCUCUCUCUGUGAGGCUUCUGAGGGAAAGUGAUUCUGAGCAAGGCACUGGCUGCUGAAAAAAAUGACACCGGAAUGGCUUCGUGGCUGUGAAAGCACGGUCCCGCAACCCGGUGUGAGGCCACGCAGAAGCGCGUAAAGCUGCUGCAGAGGUUUCUUGCAGUUUUGUCCUGUCCGUGGCCGCGCAGUUUGACAUGAUUUUGACAGAGCAGUUGAACUCAUAUCACAUAAGUGGAAGUGGCACAUUGUCUUUGAAGAGUGUACAGUGCAGCAAAGCAAGAGCAACGUGGACAGUAUAUUCACCUGAGUGCAAGUGUGUUCCUGGUUUAUGAUUGUGUUCAUCUGCAGUGUCUUUAUUUAAAAAAAAAAAAAAAAAAAAAGUGCUCUGUUUUGGGAAAUGUGCUGUGAUUUAAAAAGGAGGUUUCUGCUCCUCUAUGCAACACAAAAGGGGCAGGCAAAAGCCAUAGCUGAGGAAAUACGGGAGCAAGCAUGUGCCCGUGGACUUGAAGCUGAUAUGCACUGUAUAAGUGAAAUGGACAAGUAUAACCUGGAAACAGAAAAGGAUCCUGUAGUUAUUGUUAUUUCCACUACCGGUACUGGAGACCCACCAGACACUGCCCGCAAGUUUGUAAAGAAAAUUCAAGACACGACCUUGCCACCUGAUCAUUUUGCACAUCUCCAGUAUGGAUUGCUAGGUCUGGGAGAUUCAGAGUACACGUUCUUUUGUAAUGGUGGAAAGACAGUAGACCGACGACUUCAGGAACUUGGUGCCCAGCACUUCUAUGACACAGGAUUAGCAGAUGAUUGUGUAGGUUUGGAAAUAGUGGUUGAUCCUUGGAUUGAUGGACUUUGGCUUGCCCUCAAGGAAGCAUUUCUACUGCAGAAAGAAAAAGAAGGCAUGAGCAGUGUUGUCUAUGCUGUUUCUAGCUCGCUCUCUGCAGCCCUGCAUGGUGUAGAUGAAAUAAACUUAAGCUCAGAAGUACAGAACUUGAAGCUAGAAGAUGAGGGAGCGAGGAGUUCUGAUGUUCUGUCACAGAAACUGGUUGACAUCAAUCUUGUGGCUUCAACUAGAGACACUGAACCUUCACUUGUUCAUUCUGUCCCUCCUGUCUCUCAGUCUGCUCUUAAUAUUCCUGCCUUGCCACCAGAAUAUAUAGAGGUGCAGUUUCAGGACACCCAUGGUGAGAAUCCACAUCUGUCCUCACUGAUUUCAGAGGGAACAACCUUUGAAGUGCCAGUUACAAAAGCAGUUCAGCUCACUAGAGAAGAUGCAAUAAAAACUGCAUUGCUCUUAGAACUUGAUAUUGCAGAUACAGUCUUUGACUACCAGCCUGGAGAUGCCUUCUGUGUAAUAUGUCCCAACAACAUCAGUGAGGUGGAAGAACUUCUUCAAAUCUUGGGACUUUCUGAAAAAGGAGAGUACUUCAUUUGUGUAAAGGUUAAGCAGGGCACUAAAAAGAAAGGAGCAGCUCGUCCACAACACAUCCCUGAAAGAAGCACUCUGAAAUUCAUUCUAACCUGGUGUCUGGAAAUAAGAGCAAUUCCCAAAAAGGCAUUUUUGCGAGCUCUUGUAGAAUGUACCAGUGAUACGGGAGAAAAACGGAGGCUUCAAGAGCUUUGCAGCAGACAAGGAGCCUCUGAUUACACACGCUUUAUUAGAGAUUCUAAUGUUUGCUUGCUGGAUUUACUUCAUGCUUUUCCAAGCUGCAAGCCUUCACUUAACCUGUUAAUUGAACAUCUCCCUAAAUUACAAGCCAGAUCCUAUUCAGUGUCAAGUUCAAACUUAUAUCAGCCAGGAAAACUGUGUUUUGUAUUUAAUAUUGUGGAGUUCCCUCCCUGUCCCGCUAGACCAGUCUCACGGAAAGGAGUGUGUACAGGGUGGCUUGCUGAGUUAGUUGCACCUCUACUACACCCCAAUAAAAACACUCUGAAUACAAAAGGAGGAAGCUCUUCAACUGAAAAGAUAUCUAUUUUUGCUCGUCCAAACAAUACUUUCCACUUACCUGCAGACCCAUCUGUCCCAUUGAUGAUGGUUGGUCCAGGAACAGGAAUUUCACCAUUUAUUGGUUUCCUACAACAUAGGCAAAAGCUCAGAGAAGAACAUGCAGACUGGGAAUUUGGAGAGACAUGGCUGUUUUUUGGUUGUCGGCAUCAGGAUCGAGACUAUUUGUUCAAAGAUGAGCUCAGAUGUUUUCUUGAAAAUGGCACGUUAACUCAUCUUAAGGUUUGUUUCUCAAGAGACUUUUCAACUGCAGGAGUAGCCCCGCCUAAAUAUGUGCAAGAUGUCAUUAGGCUUUAUGCUAAGGAAGUUGCCAGAGUCCUGCUGAAAGAGAGAGGUUACUUCUAUGUAUGUGGAGAUAAGAAGCACAUGGCUGAUGGUGUAAGUGAUGCUGUAGUGGACAUUUUAAGCAUGGAAAUGGAAGCUGACAAAUUGGAAGCAAUGAAAAUCCUGGCCACGCUUCGAGAAGCAAAACGAUAUUUGCAGGAUGUUUGGAGCUAAAUAUUUAGCUUUUCCUAUGCCUUUGUAACACAAAAGAUUUUGUUUCAAACAUAGGCUUUUGACUAAAAGUCAUUGUCAAAAGUGCUGUCUGUAGUCACCCAAAUCAUUGACCUUUCAAUCAGGAACAUGAAACCUUUUAAAUGACAACAAACCAGGCUGCCUUUUGAAGUGUGGGUGUUUUUAACAGUGUUACCUAAUGAACUGUCUCAGUGCCUUGAUUCUCUCAUUUUGAGAAUUGGUUUAAUGUAGAAAGUAAAAACUUCUGCACUAGUACAAGUAUAAUUGUAUGUUUACAUUACGUCAUGUAUUUUCUCCUAUAAUGCGUACAUAAAGAAGCUACAGAGUAAAUAUGUUACACAUUGAUCUAUUUACCAUCAAAUACAUUGCUGACUUGCCAAGAUUUAAUUGAACACUUCCUAGAUACUUCCUGAGACUAUUUAUAUUUUUUUCAGCUUACACAAUGACAGUAACUGGAAAAAGGAAUGAAUGUUCAGUGUUGCACAGAAAGGUUACUGCAAAAUUUCAACGCUGAAGUUUUCCUUAAAUAUUUAGCUUUUUCAUUCUAUCACUACAUCAUAUCUCAAAGUUUUGCUACACAUGCUAAUCCUUAUCAUAUUUUCCUGCAUAAGUCUUUUGAAAUUAUUUUCAUUCCUGUCUCUAAAAUAUUUGUGGUUUAAUUUAUGGGCAAACUCACCAGUUGCAUUGAAUUUGGUUGCUGGAGAAAUACUGCUGAGUAAAUAUUUUCUCAGAUUACUAAACUAAUGUGUUUUUUUUAAGUUGAAGACAUAGUAAAAUGUAGUGUUUUGAAAGCAGUUGCCCUUACAUAUGACAAUCCACUGCAAAAAUCAAGUUGUUGAAAGCAAAUUGUUGAAGUAUCUGGUCUUCUUUCAAACAAGGGCCAUUUGGAGUGUACACAGGUGAAAGAGUAAAAGUGUCAGUCAUCCAUGCUUCUCUUCAGAUCCCUCCUCUCUUCCUUCUGCUUUUCCUAACUUCUAAACAUCUGUGUUGUCUUCUUGGUUCCUUGUCAUACUUAGAUCUUUAAAGAUGAACACAAAGUGUGAGAGAGUUUUUUAGACAAAUCAUUGUUUAUUUCCUAGGGAGAAUUCUUGUUUUGUUUUGCCUUAUGUAUAAUCCGCUUAUUCCAAGUCUUGUGGUUGUCUAGUGAUUAUUAGUUAAUUGGUGGGUGAAUCAAGAAAAACAUAUGGAAAAAAUAGGACAAUCAGUUAGAAUAAAAUUAUGUGUUUAAAGAAUAAACAUUCUAGUGAAGUGCAUGUUAUUAAGGUUUUGAUAUAACCUGUGUAAUGAUUAUUUAAAUAUCCUUGGAACAGAUCAACUAAAAUUUUCUGCAGAAAUUCUUCAGCAGAGUGGUUAUAUCAAUCACUGUCAAGUAAUCUCUACAAAAAAAGCUCCAUAGGGAGAGAUGGCUUACAGUAAUCGCAGACUGUAUUUUUUGAUCUUUGGCACAUAAGAAGGGAAGAAGUGCUUCUUUUUGAAAAGUACUCCAAUUUUAAACUUUAAUGGAAAUGACUAAUGUGAUACAAACAUCAACAUUUUGCAUCAGCCAAUCACCUUUAAUGGUUUUUAAAAUUAUUAAUAAAAGAAAAAGCUACCAGUAUUGCAACAGUAAAGAUAAAUCAUUAAUUACCUUCUGUUAACUGGAGUUUGUUUGGAAAUAGCACUUAUUAUAUCAUGUGUCUUCUCAGAUAGGAUUUAUGGUUUUCAGUGCUACUUGGAAGUUCUUGGAGAUUACAGAGAAAACAGUGUUUUUCUGACUGCAAGUUGCAGCUUUUCCCAGAUCUCUUACAGGCAUUCAUUUUUAUCAUAUCACAAUACGGAAGUUGCGAUAACCAUUUUAGUAAUACUACAGGUAAUAGCAUAGCACCUUUUGGGAUAUUAACAGUUGAGUGUUCUUUUCUGAUUGUGUGCAUUGCAUUUGACAGGGUCUGAUCUACGACUGAUAUUCAUGUAUUUCCCCGCCCCUGUUACCAAUUCUCUACAAAACUAAAACACUUGGAUUAUGUAGUAAUGUAGUGGUAAGUCUGUAGUGAAGCACAUGAGCUUUAUUAUGAUCUCUUAGGACAAUAAAAAAUAGUUGCAGCUUACUCUUAAAUUUAUAACUGCAUGGUGCGAAGCCCAAAGUUCAAACAAACUGGAAUAACCCUAACAAACACCACCACAUGUUACCUGAAGGAAGUAUUUUUGCAUUCACAUUCGGUGACGUGGAAUGAGCAGGAAAGGCAGGGAGGAAAGGACUUCUGUGAUACAGGAAUCAUGGGGAUGGAGAAGGCUUGCAAUAAGAACUGUAUGUUUUUCUUAAUUAAAUUGUGUCUCCGUAUAAUUGGAUAGUGCCAAUCUAUGACUCCUCCUCAGUGUGCCUUAGAAAAGCAUUAUGGGAUGGAUUUUACUAGUAUCUCCUAAAGCUAAGCAGCGGAUUUUUUUAACGUCUUUCAGUUUUCUUUCAUUAGAGGAAUAUCAUGUAUGUGCUUUUCCUUGUAAUUCCAGAAUUGGUUACAGAAUUCCUUUGUUGUUUAAAAGAAAUAGUGAAGGUUAUGUACUGUUUCUUACAUUUGAGAGGCUUAUGGUCUUUAUGCUGGUAACAAGGACUGGUUGUUAUGCUAAAGCUGUUGUUUCCAGAGAAGCAUUAAUGGUGAAGCAUUCCUUAUGGCCUAUUUUCUCAUCACUUUUUGAAUGUUAUUCUGAAUUUGUGAAAUAGGGUUGAUGUUACAAUUUCUCUUUUAAUCUACAGUUUCAAAAUAGGAUUUACUUUUCAAGUUACUAAACUCAUGCCAUAUUUUUUCAGUUUGCUGCUUCUAAGUUCAAGCUGACUUCACUGCAUCUGGAAGCAGAAGUAGUGUUUCCAUGUUUUUUGCACCUUUAUUUCCUCUCCCUUCCCCUAAUCUCCCAGCUUUUCAGAAAAUCUAGAAUAUUGGCAGAAAUAGGAUCAAUACAGCUCUCUGAAGAUACUGAGCAUCUUGAGAAGUUUCUUCUGAAAAAUUACAAGGCCAGAUGAGAGAAAUGUCAAAAUCACAGAACAUGGCUAGCAUGUCCAUUUAAGGAUUGAACUUCACUACUGAAUGGUACCUUAGGUGUUGAAUGGCACAGGAAUGGGGAGGGGGGGAGGUUAUUGGAAGUAAAAGUCAAAGUUGAUUAAGUCUCAAAAUAAAAUAAGCUUGUGGAAUAAG